AUGUCAGAAGGUGCACAUCCAUCCGGUGACGAAGAUGUCGAGGAUUUCAAAGAACAAGAUCGAUUCCUUCCAAUUGCAAAUGUCGCACGAAUAAUGAAACGCGCGCUACCAGAUAAUGCUAAAAUCGCAAAAGAAGCAAAAGAAUGUGUGCAGGACGAUCGCUGCCAACAGGAAAAAAGAAAAACGAUCAAUGGUGAAGACAUUUUAUGGGCUAUGCAAUCAUUAGGAUUUGAAAAUUAUGCGGAUGCUUUGAAAAUUUAUUUGGCAAAAUAUCGUGAAACCACUAAAAUUGAACGUUCUUCUGCAAAUGCGAAAGAAAAGGAAGAAGACGUUACUAAUAGUGAUAUAUUUUCUCAACAACAACAACAUACUGCGACAGGGUUUUAUUCAG